AUGAUACCAUGUCUCCUAUACGCCCUCAAGAGAAAGCUUGAAGAAAUGCAACAACAAUUUGAUGACUCCAGUGAUGAUGAAUUGUAUGAAGAAGAAAGUUUACAACUCACAUUUGCAAAAGCAAGCAGCAGUAACUCAAGUACUAAUUCUGGUAAUGCGACAAGUGCUAGUGAGGACUCUUCAUCGUACUAUGUUACUGGUAGCAAUGCAUUUGGUAUGCUCGGAAUUGGAAAUAUUGUUUCUGAUAGUUCAAAGGUUACGUCUUUUACGCGUAUGAACAACCCUGCCAUUGUGCCAUCAAAUAUUAAAAUCAUGGCUUGUGGACAUUAUCAUACUAUAGCCAUCACGAAAGACAAUCAAAUCUAUGCAUGUGGAAAGAAUAAUUACGGCCAACUUGCAAUGGGAAAUCUCACAAAAGUAUUUCCAAUUUUCAAAAUGGUAGAAUCUAGCAUGAAUGGAAUACCAAAAUUAAUUAGAGACGUAAAAUGUGGCAGAUAUCAUACCAUGUUCAUUACAGAUCAAGCUACAGAUAAUGUGUGGGUUUGUGGAAAAAACAAAUCUGGCCAAAUGUCACUUCCUUCAGCCAAUAUUUAUCCUUCUCCCACUCGCCUUGUAGCUCAAUUUUCAGGAAAAAUUUUGUUUGCUUCUUGUGGAUCUGAAUUUACAUUUAUCAAAACCACCGACGGUGUGUAUUCGUGUGGAGAUAAUUCAAGAGGUCAAUGUGGACUUGGGUGGACACUCUCCAAGUGA